AAGGAUUUUCCUCAAUGUAAAACGAAAAGAUUUGAAAGUUGUGGAAAUUUCUGCAAGCAGUUUGUUAGGAAAAGUCAUAUGAACAAUGCCACAGUAUCGGUGACUGUAUGUUACAUUAGACCCUAUAAACAGAGACUUGCAUAAUGGCAUUCAAACCAGGACUAGCGAAUGUGCUAAAUCUAAAGCCUACCAGUUCCUUAAGAUAUACGAAAUAUUUCCCAAACAAUUCAGAGUAUGCAAGCAAAGUGUAUCCGGAAAAGAAGAGGAGACUCAAGCACCGAGACGCUGAAACUCAAACAGAAGAAGAUAUUAUCAUGUCAACUCGUAAAAACAACGAAAUCGUACAUGAAAACUUUAAUCGUAAAGAGGAAACAAGGGACCAAUCGCAUCCAAAAGCUAGUCAAACAGAAAGAGUCGAUGUCUUACAAUCCUACACACAAACAGACAACACAUACGACGUUGUCGAAAUAGCAAUUCAGACGGAGGAAGUGGACGUUCAAGAUAGUUCAAAGAGCGUAUAUGAUAAAACACAACAGAAUCCAACUUUUGAGAACGAAAUCCAACAGACAAGUGGAAGACACGAUGAUAAGACAAGAGUAAAGAAGAAGAAAAGGCGAAAAACACCCGAGCGGUCACAGACUUCAGAACAACCAGAGGAUGGAUCAUCAUCAAAGAAAGAUAAAGAAUUGCGUAUUAUCUGGAAUAAAAUGAAAAAUUUUGGUGAGCCAAGAGUAGUUGUCUCUGUGAUAGGGACCUAUAAUAAAAGGACGCAAACAUAUGACAUGGCUGAUAAUUUAAUGUUGAGGAAAGCCUGCAAUCAUGUAGCAAGAUUUGCUGGAAGAUGUGGUUUUAUAUAUAAGGAAGACGAGACAAAUUUUUUGCAAAGUGUAGUUAACAAGUGUGCUCCUAUUUGCGAUUUACCACAUACAUAUGGAUACUCAUCAGUGUAUAUUUCAGACAACGAAAUAGAACAAGGAAUAGAAUGUGUAAAGGAAGACGAAGAGCAUCAUACAGGUGGAACGAAACUAAAUUUAUUCGAUAUCGAAAAGUUUAUCAACUCUAAAGGACAGGUAUCGUUUGAAGAUGGUAAAAAGGAAUCCAGCAUUUGUUCAACAAUUCGAGUUCCAGUAGUUUUAUUGGUUGUAAAUGGUGAUUUUGACACACUUAAGCAUGUGAAGAAAGCCAUAUACAACAAUAUGUCAGUAGUGGUUGUGAAAGGAACUGGUGGAGCUGCUGACCUUAUUGCUUCAUGUUUAGAAAGAUAUUAUGAAUAA